AUGUCUGGGGUCCCGCAACCCGCAGCGCAGCAGCAGCUCGAAGCCGCCGAGGCCAUCGCGAUCGCGCAACUGAGCCCCGCGCUCCAGGACCCCAAGACGCGCGUAGUUCGGGGCGUCGUGACAAUCACGUGGCCCUACAGCAUCGUCCGGAAAAACAUUGCCUUCCUCCUCGCCGAGGCCGACUUCCGCCUGCGUCGCGCCAAGGGCCAGGUGCGCGUCGAGUUCGCCGGCUCGAGCGCCAAGGCGAUUGCGGAUGCGGCGCUGGGAAGCGGCGACGAGAUCGCGCUGUCGCUGGACGGGGUCGAGCUCGUUGCGGACGACUCCAAGACGCGCGUUCCCGGUACGAGUUUGGAGUGGCAGCUGAGGUUCACGGAGAGGGUGCUUCUCCAGGCGAAAAUAAGCGACUCCGAAGAGGUCAAGGUUAUCGAUGUCGACCACCCUGCGCAACCCGAACCAGAGCCCGAAGAGCUACCGGUGGCCAUCCUCGAAUCGUUUCAGGAUGUCGAAGAGACCCCGGCGCCUAUAGCGACACCCGCGAAAACACCUUUAAGCAAGAGAUCCGCCGACCAGGGCCUGGGCGCCGACGAAUUUGCCAAAGGCCCGGGCGAAGAAGAAGCCAAAGACGGGCAGGUACAGCAGCGUUUGGACGUACGCCAGUCGAACUCCGAGCCCCGAGCCUGA